GAUGACAGAAUGCACGUCCCAGAAUCACCCUGCUCAGCUCGUCACACAAUACAGGGUGGAACUGAAGAGCGCGGCUCCAGUUUCCGGCCGAGUGACUGAGGAGGGUUGCACAGUUCUCCGGCGAAGUUGAGGUUACAGGAGUCAGACAGAGGAAGCUGGAGGAACCGAGCAUGAGUGUGGCGGCGUGCAGUGCUCUGCUGCGGGUGUGCAGACAGGGCGGCAAGAGCUGUCCCCCUUGGGUAUGGAGACGAGAGAGCCACUGGCAGACCUCCCUGCUUGGACUGCGCACCACUCUUCCCAUGAGGGGAGAACCCAAAAAGAAGAAAAAGGCUGAUCCUAAACGGGAUCUAGUUGUAAGGGACCGUCUGAAGAAGAAACUAAAAAAGCUUGAACGGGUCCCACCAGAAUUUAUUCCGAUCGAUGACUUCACACCUUCUCCGAAGCUUAUGGAAGAAAGCAGGAUUAGGCCAACCCCUAAGCUCUCUGAAGAUGAACAGGAGAGAAGAGCACUACUGAUAAAGAAAUGGGCGCGGGUCAAGCAGGAAGAACAUGAGGCAGAUCAGAGAAGUAUUGAAACUCUUCUAGAAGCACAAAGAAAAGCUUUGGAUGAGCUACGCCUCGAGUCAGAAGAGCUUUAUCAAGCAGCAGUGCGCUGUGAUCCAAGCUUGUUUCCAGUGGAGCAUCAGGGACCUUGCAACACUGCACCUAUACCAAAAUAUAAUCCUCCAGAUGGGAAAUUCAAUGACAUUACCCAAGUUCAUAUACAACAGUGAGAUGAAGGACAGCUGUGCGAUAUAAAAGCCUGCAAAUCUAUUACAGAUGAGGAUAAAUACAUCAUGGCAUCACUGCAGUGGACUUGGGGAUAUAAUGUGUAGGGUUUUAUUAUAAACAUGUAAAUGUAUGUUAUGCAGUUAAAAUUUGAUAAAGUUAUGUAUAAAGCAGA